AUGUUCGCGGCACGGCAAAAGGGGAUCGCUUUCGCCGUGCGUUCGCGUUGGUUUGUAAGCUGGCGGGCGUCGAAAGGGAAGCCCCCAGCCGGCGGAGUUGGAAAUCAUUUUCGGUCGGCUGAGCUGUGUUUUCGCGUUGCGUGCAGACACCUCGGGGCGCGGGUGCUAGGCGCUAAUACGUGGAGGUGGGCGGCGCACCUCCUCGGCUCCUGGUACGCGUGCGGUGAAUACCGCGGCGCCCUGCAGGCGGGCGCGCCACUAAUUCCGUUGAAACUCUCCGCGCUUAUGCUCGCCUGG